CUUCCGGACGGGGCUGGCCGAGGUCUCAGCCACAUGACUGUGUUCCGGCUGGGCAAUGAUGGCGGCGCCCAGGGCGGUAGCGUGAAAGUUGUUGGUGGAAGCACCGUCCAGUCGUGUUGGAAUCAAAACAGUGGGGACCCUGCGCCAUGUCGCGACUGAUUGUGAAGAACCUCCCAAAUGGGAUGAAGGAGGAGCGUUUCAGGCAGCUGUUUGCCGCCUUCGGCAUGCUGACGGACUGCAGCCUAAAGUUCACCAAAGAUGGCAAGUUCCGCAAGUUUGGCUUUAUCGGCUUCAAGACGGAGGAAGAGGCCCAAAAGGCACUGAAGCACUUUAACAAGAGCUUUAUUGACACAUCCCGGAUCACAGUGGAGUUCUGCAAGUCGUUCGGGGACCCGACAAAACCCAGAGCCUGGAGCAAACAUGCCCAGAAACCAAGCCAGCCCACGCAGCCUCCAAAAGACUCUGCUACUCCAGAAAUUAAGAAAGACGAGAAAAAGAAAAAGGUGGCAGGUCAAUUGGAGAAGCUGAAGGAGGAUACAGAAUUCCAGGAGUUUCUGUCGGUUCAUCAGAGGCGGGCGCAGGCAGCCACUUGGGCGAACGAUGGCCUGGAUGCUGAGCCAUCGAGAGAGAAGAGCAAGCCGGCCAGCGACUACCUGAACUUCGACUCCGAUUCCGGGCAGGAGACUGAGGAGGAAGGAGCCGGGGAGGACCUGGAAGAAGAGGCAAACCUCGAACGGAAGGCAGCUGUGCAGAAGGAGCUGUCGGACAUGGACUACCUGAAGUCCAAGAUGGUGAAGGCCGGGUCAUCCUCUUCCUCAGAGGAAGAGGAAAGUGAAGAUGAAGCCGUGCACUGUGAGGAAGGGAGCGAGGCCGAGGAAGAGGGUUCCUCCACCACCCCAGCCCUGCAGGAAAGAGACGGCAAGGGUGUAGGCCAAGAGCAAGGAAUGCCAGCUGGGAAAAAGAGGCCACCGGAGGCCAGAGCCGAGACAGAAAAACCAGCAAACCAGAAGGAACCCACCACCUGCCACACCGUGAAGCUGCGGGGAGCCCCGUUCAACGUCACAGAGAAGAAUGUUAUGGAAUUCCUGGCGCCCUUGAAACCAGUGGCCAUUCGAAUUGUGAGAAACGCUCAUGGGAAUAAAACAGGGUACAUCUUUGUGGAUUUCAGCAACGAAGAGGAAGUGAAGAAAGCGCUGAAAUGCAACCGGGAGUACAUGGGUGGGCGCUACAUUGAGGUGUUCAGGGAGAAGAACGUCCCCACCACCAAGGGUCCACCAAAGAAUAGCGCCAAAUCCUGGCAAGGCCGGAUGCUCGGGGAGAACGAAGAGGAGGAGGACCUGGCCGAGUCCGGAAGGCUCUUUGUACGGAACCUGCCCUACACCAGCACCGAGGAGGACCUGGAGAAGCUCUUCUCCAAAUACGGUCCCCUGUCUGAGCUCCACUACCCCAUCGACAGCCUGACCAAGAAACCCAAGGGUUUUGCAUUCGUCACCUUCAUGUUCCCUGAGCACGCCGUGAAGGCCUACUCGGAGGUGGACGGGCAGGUAUUCCAGGGCAGAAUGCUCCAUGUGCUACCGUCUACCAUCAAGAAGGAAACCAGCGAAGAUGCCAGUGCCCUGGGAUUGUCAUCCUACAAGAAGAAGAAGGAGGCCCAGGACAAAGCCAACAGUGCCAGCUCUCACAACUGGAAUACGUUAUUCAUGGGGCCGAAUGCCGUGGCCGAUGCCAUCACACAGAAGUACAGUGCCACCAAGAGUCAAGUUUUUGACCACGAGACCAAGGGCAGCGUGGCCGUACGCGUGGCUCUGGGGGAGACUCAGCUUGUCCAGGAAGUGCGGCGCUUCCUCAUAGACAACGGGGUCAGCCUGGAUUCCUUCAGCCAGGCUGCAGCAGAGCGAAGCAAGACGGUGAUUCUGGUCAAGAACCUCCCGGCAGGCACCCUGGCAGCCGAGCUGCAGGAGACCUUCGGCCGUUUUGGCAGCCUGGGCCGCGUGCUGCUGCCAGAGGGUGGAAUCACCGCCAUCGUAGAGUUCCUGGAGCCCCUGGAGGCCCGCAAGGCCUUCAGGCAUCUGGCCUAUUCCAAGUUCCACCACGUCCCUCUGUAUCUGGAGUGGGCUCCGGUCGGCGUCUUCUCCAGCACAGCCCCACAGAAGAAGGAGCCCCAAGAUGCACCUCCGGAACCCACGGAAAAGGACCAAGCAGAGCCAGAAACCGUGUCCAAUGGUGAAACCCCAGAAGAUAAGAAUCCAGCGGAGGAAGAAGCAGACAAUUCUUCAGCAAAGAUGGAAGAGGAAGAGGAGGAAGAGGAAGAAGAAGAGGAGAGCCUCCCAGGGUGUACUCUGUUUAUUAAGAAUCUCAAUUUUGACACAACAGAGGAGAAGCUGAAGGAAGUAUUUUCCAAAGUGGGGACAGUGAAGAGCUGCUCCAUCUCCAAGAAGAAGAACAAAGCAGGAGCGCUGCUUUCCAUGGGAUUUGGAUUUGUGGAAUACAGGAAGCCGGAGCAAGCCCAGAAAGCUCUCAAGCAGCUCCAGUUACACAUGGUGGAUGGCCACAAGCUGGAAGUGAGGAUCUCGGAACGAGCCACUAAGCCAGCCGUGACAUCAGCUCGGAAGAAACAAGUUCCCAGAAAGCAGACCACCUCCAAGAUCCUGGUGCGGAACAUCCCCUUCCAGGCCCACAGCCGGGAGAUCCGAGAGCUCUUCAGCACCUUUGGGGAGUUGAAGACGGUCCGCCUGCCAAAGAAGAUGACCGGGACAGGCACACACAGAGGCUUUGGCUUUGUGGACUUCCUCACCAAGCAGGAUGCGAAGAGAGCCUUCAACGCCCUGUGUCACAGCACCCACUUGUACGGCCGGAGACUGGUGCUGGAGUGGGCCGAUGCUGAGGUGACCCUGCAGGCCCUGCGGCGGAAGACGGCUGCACACUUUCACGAGCCCCCGAAGAAAAAGCGGUCUAUGGUGUUGGACGAGAUCCUGGAGCAGCUGGAAGGCAGCGACAGCGACAGCAAGGAGCAGACCCUUCAGCUGUGAGCUGGCGCAGAGAGGGGCUGCUGAGCUAGAAUUCCCACCUACAUCUUUCUAAGGGACUGUUCACGGCUUGAGACCUGGCCUCUGUCCUGCCCACCCUUGUCACUUGGGACCACAAGCCCUGGUUCUGUCACCCAGGGAAGCCUCCCAGCGGCUCACGAAGCAUCAAGCUCCAAGCCCAGAUGCCAAGCUCUCCUGCUGAGCCGAAUGAUGUCACUCCUGGCGGCCGCGUUCUGCUCAUGGGCCUGGAGCCCUGUGAAAUGCAUCGAGGUCCUCUCCACAGGCCAACAGCAUCCCCAGGCCUCUCUCAGGCGCCUGUGGGCACAUUUCCUCCAGCCUGAGACGCAGCCUCCUGCCUGGAAGGGCCUGUGCCAGCAGCAGCCAGAGGGCAAGCUGGAGAGGGCAGAGCAAGAACUGCGGUGCAUCUCACCUUGGUCUGAAUCCAGGCGUCACCAUUGCCCGAGGUGUAACCUCAGACUAAUGAUAGCCUGUCUGAGCCUCCGUUUUUCUCUCUAGGAAAUGGGGGUGAUAAUUGUGCCUACCUCAGAUAGAUGGUGCCAGAAUUAAGUGAGUCAAGCCGAGUAAAGCCCAGAGAAGAUUCUCAUCAGC